GGGGUCCGCGGGCGGGCCGCGGGGUCGCAUCCUCCGCGCCCGGCUUUGUGGAGACUCUCCAGCCCGGGCCAGACCGCCUGCAGCUCGGCGCCGCGUCCGCCGGGGCCAAAAACAAAGCUGCCAUCGCCGGGGUCCGGAACGAGCUCCGGCAUCCUCCGCCAUCACGCCUCGCGGCGGCCCCUCGUGCCCGUUAGUCGCGGGCCCGCCCCUCCUCGCGCGUGGGGGCGCGAAACACGGGAGCCCUUCGUCUCGUCUCGGUCCGGAGGAAGAGGACGGCUCCGCCAGGCUCAUUAUCCUGCCGAGUCUUAGGGGGCCGCUAGCGGUCAUUCGCUGACCGCGUUGCCUCUUGGCGCCGGACACCGGUUGGGACGCGGGGCAGGAGUCCGCUCGAGCCGCUCGCUACGCCAGAAGGUGCCGCCCGACGAUCUGCGGAGGCCUCGUGCGACCCCGAAAAUCUGUGAAAUGGAUGAAUUUCUGGGGCGUGCGUCCCCGCGUGCGACCGUCUAGGUCGGCCGCCCGGUUUGUCAGCGUUUAGCUCGUGAAUCGCCUCCGGGGAAGUUUCGCUCGCUCAAAAGACACGUGAUUACUUGCGACCGCAGUGGGACCGCUUGGUCGUCCGCGUAGACUGAGGCAGGAGGUCUUUCUCGGUUGCCUUUCCUCUCCACUGAGAGUUUUGCCGUGAAUAUUUGAGUAAGCGAGCGGCGUUUGGGAUCGGGUCCCUCGUACGCUCUUUGGAGAGGGAAUACAACUGUAAUGAGUGUUAUAAGUUGUAAGCUCAUGUCCAGGGUGCACGUAUGUGUUACUGACAGCUUGGAUCCAUGCAGGAAAGAAGAGCCUGAAGAACCAGACCUCCUGGAGCCAGCUGUCCUCUUUAAAAGCGCUUGGAGGUUAGGUGAGGAAAAGGGCAAAUAUAUAGUGCCCAGCUUUAAGGAAGGAAAGGAGGAGGACCUGGGGAGUCAGCCUGCCCUUGAUACCUGGGAAGAUCAUGGAGCAGGUCCUCCAGGAGUCUCUUGCGAAGCGCCGAGAGGACAGCCGAGGGAUCAGGAACAGCCCGCAUGGAUUCCCCACGAGCAAGUCAUGCCUGACCAACCUGAUUUCCUUCUACCAUAAGGAACCGGACCUUUUCACUCCGACAGAGAUGAUCUCGCUGAAUUCCCUUAAAAAAGAUUCCAGAGACUUGCUGAAGGAAUUUCCACAGCCUAAAAACUUACUCAACAGCGUGAUCGGACGAGCCCUGGGCAUCUCCCAUGCCAGGGACAAGCUGGUGUAUAUCCACACUAACGGGCCAAGAAAAAAGAAAGUCACCCUGCACAUAAAGUGGCCGAAGAAUGUGGAGGUGGAAGGCUAUGGGACCAAGAAGAUUGAUGCGGAGAGGCAGGCUGCUGCUGCUGCAUGCCAGCUGUUCAAGGGCUGGGGUUUGCUGGGGCCGCAGAAUGAGCUGUUUGAUGCAGCCAAGUACCGGAUCCUUGCUGACCAGCUCGGCUGCACUGAUGACCGGUGGUGCCCUGAGGGCAAGUGGCGUUCCAAGUCCGGGCCUUCCCUAGCUGACCUGUCUACUUGCUGGCGGCGCAUGGAGCCAGAUGACUCCAUCCAGCCCAUGGAGCAAGGCAGGAUGCCCAAAGCAAUGAGGAGAGACGACUUGGAGGAAGGAGAGCUGGAGGAGGGGGAACUGGAGGAGGGGGAGCUAGAAGAAGAGACUAUUGACGUUUCCGACUACCUGUCAAUGACACAGAAUGAAAGUCGGACCUCGGCCAGGGAUUCAAGCAGGGGAGGGAGCUCCAUUGAAAUGACAGAUGACACCACUGCCAUCAGGGCUCUAACCCAGUUCCCACUGCCCAAGAACCUUCUGGCCCAGGUGAUUCAGAUUGCAACCUCUUCUUCCACAGUCAAGGAGUACAUGCAGUUUCGUACCGUGGGCACCAAGACCAAGAUCUGCAAGCUAACGCUGCGCUGGCCCUGUCCCAUGACCUUUGCUGCCAAGGGUCGCCGCAAAGUGGAGGCUGAAAACAAAGCAGCAGCCCUGGCAUGCCAGAAGCUUAAGAGCCUCGGCUUAGUGGACAAGAAUAACAACCCUCUGAGCCACGCCAUGUACAAUAUGACGUCCCUCCGGGAGCUGGGUGAGAACCAGAGGAAGCCCUGCCACAUCAAAGUCCCCGAAGCCACCCUGCGCAAGAUUGAAAACUACUUGAACCAUUACCCAGUGGACUCCAGGGAGUCCAGGCCUCGGAUUGCUGAUGAUAUGAUGAACCUGAGCAAGGAGCCCGGGGCGAUCAGCGACGCCAUCACGGGGAAGACCUACCUGCCCUUGUCGGAAGCAGAGGAAGUGCGCAUGAGUCAGAAUCUCCUGGCCCUUUGGAAGAGGCGGGGGGCGUCCUGGCAGGAUAGCCACCCGCUGCCGGUCGAUCCUCACAAGGACACCAUCCUGUCGGCCAUCGAGCAGAACCCGGUGGUGGUGAUCGCGGGAGAUACGGGCUGUGGGAAAACCACGCGGAUCCCCCAGCUCCUGCUGGAGCAUUAUAUCAUGGAGGGGCGUGGCGCCCGCUGCAACAUGGUCAUCACCCAGCCCAGAAGGAUCAGCGCCAUCUCGGUCGCCCAACGCGUUGCUCAGGAGCUGGGCCCCAACAUGAGGAAAAACGUUGGCUACCAGGUGCGCCUGGAGAGCAAGCCCCCGGCCAGGGGAGGGGCCCUGCUCUUCUGCACUGUGGGCAUCCUCUUGAGGAAGCUGCAGGGGAACCCCAGCCUGGAGGGCGUCAGCCACAUCAUCGUGGACGAGGUCCACGAGCGGGACGUCAACACCGACUUCCUGCUCAUCCUGCUGAAGGGCAUCCAGAAGCUGAACCCUGACCUGCGCCUGGUCAUGAUGAGUGCUACAGGGGACAACCAGCGCUUCUCCCGCUACUUUGGCGACUGCCCUGUGGUCAAGGUGCCUGGCUUCAUGUACCCAGUGAAGGAGUAUUACCUGGAGGAGAUCCUGGCCAAGCUUGGCCGCCAUCGGCACCGGCACUACGAGAUAAAGCAAUCAGAUGAUGAAUGCGUCCUUGACCUUGAUCUGAUCACAGACCUCGUGCUCCAGAUCGAUACCCAUGGGGAUCCAGGUGGGAUCCUCUGCUUUCUUCCCGGUUGGCAGGAGAUCAAGGGGGUCCAGCAGCGCCUGCUGGAAGCACUGGGCUCUCAGAACAGCCGGUACCUCAUCCUGCCAGUGCACUCCAACAUCCCCAUGAUGGACCAGCAGAACAUCUUCCAGCGGCCCCCGCCCGGCGUCCGCAAGGUCGUCCUGGCCACCAACAUUGCCGAGACCUCCAUCACCAUCAACGACAUCGUGCACGUGGUGGACAGCGGCACCCACAAGGAGGAGCGCUACGACUUGAAGACCAAGGUCUCCUGCCUGGAGACAGUGUGGGUGUCCAAGUCCAACGUGGUGCAGCGGCGAGGGCGUGCCGGCCGCUGCCAGUCGGGUUUCGCCUACCACCUCUUCCCUCGCAGCCGCCUGGACAAGAUGCCGACGUACCAGGUCCCGGAAAUCCUGCGCACCCCCCUGGAGAACCUGGUGGUCCAGGCCAAGAUCCACAUGCCAGAGAAGACGGCAGUCGAGUUCCUCUCCAAGGCUCUGGACAGCCCUGACAUCAAAGCCGUGGAUGAAGCUGUGAUCCUACUGCAGGAGAUCGGAGUGCUGGAUCACAGGGAAGCCCUCUCCACACUGGGCAAGCGCCUGGCACAGAUCUCUACGGACCCUCGGCUGGCCAAGGCCAUAGUCCUGGCCUCCAUCUACCGCUGCCUCCACCCACUGCUCAUCAUCGUCUCCUGCCUCACGCGGGACCCCUUCAGCAGCAGUCUGCAGAACCGGGCCGAGGUGGACAAGGCCAAGGCCAUCCUGAGCCGGGAGAGCGGGAGUGACCACCUGGCCUUCGUGAGGGCCGUGGAGGGCUGGGAGGAGGUGCUGAGACGCAGGGACAGUUGGGCCAGAGACAACUACCUGCAGGACUACUGCCUCUACGCCCCGAGCCUGCGCUUCAUCAAUGGUUUAGUCAAGCAGUUCUCCGAGAACCUCUACGAAGCCUUCCUGGUGCCGUCGUCCUCGGACUGCACCUUGCCCUCGUCCGCGUGCAACCAGUACAGCGAGGAGGAGGAGCUGGUGAAGGGCGUCCUCAUGGCGGGGCUGUACCCCAACCUCAUCCAGGUGAGGCAGGGUAAAGUGACCCGGCAGGGGAAGUUCAAGCCCAACAGCUACGCCUAUCGGACCAAGGCCGGCACCGUCCUGCUGCACAAGUCCACAAUCAACAGGGAGGCGUCGAAGAUGUACAGCCGCUGGCUGACCUACUUCAUGGCGGUGAAGUCCAACGGCGGCGUCUUCGUGCGCGACUCCUCCCAGGUCCAUCCGCUGGCCGUGCUGCUAAUGACCGACACGGACAUCCACGUCCGAGAUGACGGCUGGCGGGCGACCGUGUCCCUGACCGACAGUGACCUGCUGGUGCUGGAGGGCGACUCCUACACCAUCCGCCUGCUCCGUGACUUCCGCGUGUCGCUCUCCAAGAUGGUGGAGACCUGCCUGUGCUACGAGAUGGCGGCCAUCCCCGGGGACCUGCAGCACCAGCACAGCCAGCUGCUCGACAUCCUGGUGGACCUGCUCAAGGGGCCGCCCGGCAGCUUCGGGGCCUAGACGCCUGCCCGCCUGCCCGCCCGCCGCCGUCGCCGCCCGCCCGCCCGUGGGGACUUGUAAUUUGUAUAAAGCUGUUCACAAAUGUUUAUUUAAAUAAAGUUCUAUUUAUCCCUUGUGAAGUCAUCUCUCUCCAUCCUAGAAGAUCACUGUUGUCUGAACCUCCGGGCGUGGCCACCGCGGACGAGAAGCCGGCGCGGCGCGGCGCCGAGGCCCACGGACGGGCAGACGGACGGACCAGCAGCGCCGCUCGCAAGGCUCCCAGCGUCCUCCGCCGGACAGCGACGGAUCCGGCUGCCUCCUGCCCGCCGCCCUUCGCCCCACCCCCACGGGGCCGCGCGAGCUACACGGAGCAGGAGGACGGACAACCCGGCUCCGAGGCCGGGGCACGGAUGUGGCAGCCCCGACGGGGGGGCACGGCCUGUCGUCCGAACUGGAGGGCGAGUGGCCCGGGAAGGCGCCGGCCACCACAUUCCAGAGUGAGGGACGUCCGAGUCCGAGGCCGCGGCCCCCCCGGAGGGCGAUGCGCCGGCGGCGGCGGCAAUGCCCAUUCCUGUCUUUGGGUUCGUUGUUUUUCCCCCUUUUUCUCUUUCUUUCCUCAGUGUUCAGUUCUUCGUUCUCCCCAGGCUGUCGUCGGGACGCAUGCCAGGGCCGUGGGCACAAAGCUCCCUCGGUUUGCUACGGAUCAGGGACCACGUUGGCGCGGGAGCAAGCGUCGGGCCCAAGUGCAGCACCGAUGCGGGGGGAGAGAUCCGGCACCUCUCCCGCUUACCCGCUGGCCAGAGGGCACCCCCCACCCUGCGCCUCCCAGGGCUGUCGCGAGGCUGCCUUCGCUAGCGUGGGACCCCCAGCUGGGACGUGCGACGGAAGAGCUAGUGCCGCGGCGCUCGGUCUGCGGCACGGGCCUGGGGUCGGGCAGCAGCACUGGCGGCCACCGGACUUGGGAUCAUUUGUUUUAUUCGCUCUUUCUGAUGCUCUUUGUAACUGGCCAGAGAUGAACACGCUGCUGGGGGCUGGGGCCGGGCCCUGCCGAGGGCUCGGGGGGCGGGAGCCGCGUUACAGCGGUCCCAGCUGCCGUUCUCUCGGGGCAAAGCCCCCGGCCCGGCCUGCUUGGCAGGGCAAAGAAACCAGCUUCACGCUGCUCCUGUUGAAGGACCGUAGCCACCGAUCCGGGAGUGAAAGCACAACGGUGGGGUAGGGGGGGACUCCGCUCCACAUCCACGAGCCACCCGGUGGGGGAGCGCCGGCCGGGGGCUGGUCGCAGGCCCCCAAAGCGGGGAGGGGGGAGCAGCCGCAGCCCCCGCGCAGCCCCGGCCCCCGGCAGCCCGUGUUCACUCGAAACUCUUCAUCUGCAUUUCACUUGCUUGAGAGGUUUGUCGCCCUGAGUUGACCCGUGUUUUCCUUGCGUUCCGCCUCCUGCGAUGGACACUUUGGUUUUCCCCUUCCAGCAGGUUCGAGAAAAAGACAAAAAAUGGAAAAAAAAAAAAAUCGGAAAAAAAAGACUAAGCUCUUGUCUCCAUGGUCCUGCGCUCGUGCGUGUCGGGAUGCUGCCGUGGCUGUCGUGUGAUACUGGAUCUUUUUACAACCUAGAUUAAAAGACAAUAAAAAGGGAUAGAGUAGUAA